CAAAUAAGCAAGUGGAUCUACCCCAUGAUGCAACUAUUUCAUCUUGGAAAGAAGCAUAUUAUUCACUGGUUCUGUUUGAGAAGAUAAUAAAUCAAUUUCCUAAGUUGUGCUUCAGAAAGGAUCUUGAGGAUCUGUGGGAAGCAAUCUGCGAGUUGCUUUUGCACCCGCAUCUGUGGUUGCACAACAUAUCAAAUCGUCUUGUGGCUUGCUACUUUGCUACUGUGACGGAGGCUUGUAAAGGAAACCUUGAAGGAACUUACUAUUUGAUGAGGCCAAGUAGACUUUUCUUCAUAGCUACUUCUCUUUGUUGUCAGCUGAAGGUGCUGCAGACUGAUGACGCUGCCAGUGAUCUCAUUACUCAAAAUCUUGUCUUUUCAAUUUGCGCUCUGCAUUCAUUCUUUGGAAGAAAUGAAUGUAAAGAUCGAGGCAGGUUCGGGUCCACCUUUGAACAUGAUGAGCAGGGUCUUCUACUUAAGGCUUUUCAACAGCUUGAUUCAAGGAAAGGGAAAAACAUCUAUUUAUCUCUUGUCUCUGACCUUGGCGGUCAAGAAGAUGAAAGCCAGCACUACUUGGUCAUUUCCUACUUGCUUAAGACAAUGGGGAAGAUUUCCCUUCAUGUGGAGGAUAUGCAGAUGAAAAUUAUCUUCAAUUGUUUUAAAUCAAUUUCACCAAAGCUUAUAGAUCAGAAUAGAUUGUUGACCCCUGAAGGUGAGGUUGAUUGCCAAAGCUUUGCAUAUCAUAUGCUGUUGCCGCUGUACAAAGUUUGUGAAGGAUUUGCCGGAAAAGUUAUAUCAGGUAUGUCACUUGUAGUUAAAAAAAAAAGGGACAAGGGAUACACUUGAUUUUGAAAAAAAGGCGACGGAUCUCUAUUUGGACAAUACAGAGGACAAAUGAAUGUGAAAACUGACCCAAACAUAACUUAGCAAAGGUUUGAAAGAUUUACUGUCUUCAAGUUCUUAGAGAUGUUUCAGCCAAC